AUGGCUGAAGAAGAGCAUUUUGAUGCAUCAACAUCAGCAUCCGAGCCGGUUGGAUAUCCAGGAGGACUGUAUGAUACAUCUCUGUUAGUUAAGUACGAACGACAUGUUGCAUACCGUAUAUGGUUCGGUGAGAGAGGGUCGAAGAAAGAGUUAAAGGUAGCGGGGCAUGGGUUGAAGUUGACUCAGAGGGUUCCACUACAGCUACCCAGAGAGAUGGAUAGCUGGAUAUCUAGGUCUGGUCUAGCUUCACUCCAGAGAACCAGUUUAACAAAGAUAAACACAAACCUAGUUUCCGCUUUUGCAAAGAGGUGGCAUCUAGAGACAUCUUCAUUUCACAUGCUGUUUGGUGAGAUGACAAUUACUCUAGAUGACGUAUCUUGCCUGCUUCACUUGCUCAUCAGGGGAGUCUUCUAG